AUGGCCGUCACUACUGCAGCCCUCACAGAGCCACAGAGUGCCAGCGACUGGGCAAAAGCUUUUACGGCACGGCUUGACGCCGUCUGCAGGCACUUCUGGAAGCGACUGGAGAAUAAGAACCGGCCUCCUGCACUGACACCUGUCAAAAUAAAACCUCGGACUCUGGCACCCUCUCACACCCAGCUUGACCACUCUGAUGCCCUUUCUCCAAUGCAGCAGUGGGAGAAACCAGAGACCAUGCAACUGCAAAGCCUUGACUCACCUCCUGGUCCGCCACAACCAUAUGGGACGCCGCAAGCAGGCAAAGCCAAAGGGAACCCCGACCAGCAUGGCAGAGAUCAUCGCAGCAGCCGACACGCCGGGCCCCUGCAACAACUCUAA